AGUGAAAGCCUAACGCAAACGGCGAAGAAGGACGAGAGAGAGAGAGGUGAAGAGAUGGCCGUGAGCGUAGAGAUCCCGAGGGAGUAUGGAUUCGUGGUGCUGGUGGUGGUUCUCUACUACUUUCUCAACUUUUGGAUGGCCAUCCAAGUCGGCAAGGCCCGGCAGAAGUACAAGGUGUCCUAUCCUAACCUCUAUGCGAUUGAAUCCGAGAAUAAGGAUGCCAAGCUCUUCAACUGCAUCCAGAGGGGGCAUCAGAACUCGUUGGAGUCGAUGCCGGUGUUCUUCGUGACGCUGCUGGUGGGCGGGGUUCAGCACCCCGUGAUCGCUGCUGGGUUCGGCGUCCUUUACACGAUCGCCCGAUUCUUCUAUUUCAAGGGCUACUCCACUGGAGUCCCGGAGAAUCGUCUCAAGAUUGGGUGCAUACUCAUACCUCCGUUCUCGCGAGCUUCCUUCUGUUUUCUCGCGUUGGAUUUUGAUAGAUUGCUUUUGUUUUCAGGGGACUCAACUUCGUGGCGUUGUUCGGGCUCGUAAUCUGCACGGCUUCGUUUGGGAUCCAUCUGCUUAUCCGAGAGAUGCUGUGAUGCUGGUGCCAUGUGUUUGGUCUGUGCUCUGGUUGCUUUUGCUUGUGUUGAUGACUACGUAGUGAAAAAUAAAACUGGUUUUGCUGACCUAGAGGUGUUGUGCUGGUUUUAAAAUGUUAAAGAGGAGUGAAGAUUUCUUAUGGGUUCGCUUUGUGUGUAAUUUUAUGUUUCAGACUGAACUGCAGCUUUCUAUAAGAGCGGAUGAUUCCUGGUAGAAUUAUUGGCAUCCCUGGCACAACGCAUGAAACAUUCCAGCAAAGAAGUCUUUUUAGUUAAA